CAAAGCCGCCAGGCGCCCACAACUUGGGGAUGGGGCCGGUACGGGCGCUGUGUCUCAGCCUGGCGCUGACUCUGGCCCUGGGGUGGGCGGGGGGCCACCCGCAGCCCUGCGGCUCCCUGGCGCGCUUCGGGGUCCCGGCGUCAGGACCGGGGGCUCCCGGAAGCCCCCUGCGCCUCGGGGUGCUGCUGCCCCGCGCGCCCGCCGCCCGCGCCCGCGUCCGCGCGGCCCUGGCCCGCGCCCCCGUGCCCCGCAACCAGAGCCUGGAGCUGCUGGGCGCCGGCCGGGACCCCGCAUCUCUGGCCCGAGGGCUGUGCGGAGCGCUGGCCGGCCCGGUGUCGGUGUGGGCGCUGCUAGCCUUUCCCGACGCGCGGCCCGAGCUGCUGCAGCUGCACUUCCUGGCCGCCACCGCCCGCACUCCGGUGCUCAGCCUGCUGCGCCGCGAGGCCCGCGCGCCCCUGGGCGCCCCGACCCCGUUCCACCUGCAGCUGGACUGGGCCUGCCCUCUGGACGUGCUGCUGACGGUGCUGGCGGCCGUGCUGCGGGCGCACGUGGCGGCGGAGUCGGUGGGGCUGGCGCUGUGCCGGGUGCGGGACCCGGGCGGCCUGGUGGCCCUGUGGACCCUGCGGGCCGGCCGCGCGCCUGCGCUGGUGCUGGAACUGGAGCGACCCCCGCUGGGGCCUGAGGGGCCGAGGGCGCGCCUGGCGCCCCUCGCCGCCCUGCCCGCCGCAGUGCUCCUGGGCUGCGAGGGAUCUCGGGCCCUCCGCCUGCUGCGCGCCGCGCCGCCGGGGCCUCGCUGGCUGCUGGGCACCCCGCUGCCCGCCCAGGCGCUGCCCACCCACGGGCUCCCGGCCGGGCUACUGGCGCUGGGCGAGGCGGGGCGGCCCCCGCUCGAGGCGGCCGUGCACGACGCGCUGGAGCUGCUGGAGCGCGCGCGGGAGGCGGCGUGGGGGGCGCGGCCCGAGGGGCGCCCCGAGCCCCCCAGCGUGGACUGCGCCUCCCUGCCGCCGCCUGGGUCGGCGCCGGAGUCCCCCGGGAGCCGCCUGGCGCGGUCGCUGGCCCACACCGCGUUCCAGGGCCGCACGGGCCCCGUGUGGGUGAGCCGCGCCUCGCAGGUGCACCUGUCCCGCCGCUUCCGCGUGUGGACGCUGCGCCGCGACACCCGGGGCGCGCCGGCCUGGGCCGCGCUGGCCACCUGGCGCGACGGCCGCCUGAGCCCGGAGCCCGGGGCCGCCCCGCGCCCGCCGCCGCCGUCGCCGCCGCCCCCGCCCCGCGCCCGGCCGCGGCUGCGCGUGGUCACCCUGGUGGAGCACCCGUUCGUGUUCGCGCGCGAGCCCGACGCCGACGGCCGCUGCGCCGCCGGCCAGCUGUGCCUGGACCCCGGGCCGGCCGCGGCCGCCGGGCUGGACGCGCUCUUCGCGGGGCUGGACGACGGCUCGACGCCCCGCGCGCGGCGCCGCUGCUGCUACGGCUACUGCAUCGACCUGCUGCGCCGCCUGGCGGCCGACGCCGCCUUCGCCUUCGAGCUGUACCUCGUGGCGGACGGCAAGUACGGCGCGCUGCGCGACGGCCGCUGGACCGGGCUGGUGGGCGACCUCCGCGCCGGCCGCGCGCACCUGGCGGUGGGCAGCUUCAGCAUCACGGCGGCGCGCUCGCAGGCGGUGGACUUCAGCAGCCCCUUCUUCUCCACCAGCCUGGGCAUCCUGGUGCGCGCCCGCGACUCGGCCGCGCCGCUGGGCGCCUUCAUGUGGCCGCUGCACUGGUCCAUGUGGCUCGGCGUGUUCGGCGCGCUGCACCUGACGGCGCUGGUGCUCACGCUGUUCGAGUGGGCCAGCCCCUUCGGCCUCACGCCCCGCGGCCGCAACCGCGCCACCGUUUUCUCCUGCUCGUCGGCGCUCAACCUGUGCUACGCGCUGCUCUUCGGCCGCUCGGGCGCCAGCAAGACGCCCAAGUGCCCGGCCGGCCGGCUGCUCAUGAACCUCUGGGCCAUCUUCUGCCUGCUCGUGCUGUCCAGCUACACGGCCAACCUGGCGGCCGUCAUGGUGGGCGACAAGACCUUCGAGCAGCUGUCGGGCAUCCACGACCCCAAGCUGCACGAGGCGGCGCGGGACUUCCGCGUGGGCACCGUGUGGGAGAGCAGCGCCGAGGCCUACAUCAAGAAGAGCUUCCCCGAGCUGCACGCGCGCAUGCGCCGCCACAGCGCGCCCACCACGCCGCACGGGGUGGCCAUGCUCGCGAGUGACCCGCCCGAGCUCAACGCCUUCAUCAUGGACAAGUCGCUCCUGGACUACGAGGUGUCCAUCGACCCCGACUGCAAGCUGCUGACCGUGGGCAAGCCCUUCGCCAUCGAGGGCUAUGGCAUCGGCCUCCCCCGGAACUCGCCGCUCACGUCCAACCUGUCGGAGUUCAUCAGCCGGUACAAGUCGUCCGGCUUCAUCGACCUGCUGCACGACAAGUGGUACAAGAUGGUGCCGUGCGGAAAGCGGGCCAUCGUGACCGAGACGCUGCAGAUGGGCGCGCACCACUUCUCGGGGCUUUUCGUGCUGCUGGGCCUGGGCCUGGCCAGCGCCCUGCUCACGCUGCUGGGCGAGCACGCCUUCUAUCGCCUGGUGCUGCCUCGCAUGCGCCGCAGGAACCGGCUGCAGUACUGGCUGCACACGAGCCAGAGGAUUCAUCGCGCCCUCAACACGGAGCCGCCCCAGGGCAGCGACGAGCCCGUGUGCAGGGACCCUGAGGAACUGCCGCGGGACACACGGGACACACAGGCGGCGGGGCAGCGGGGCUGGAGGCGCGUGCGGAGGACGGUGGUGCGGGAGCGGGAGCGGCGCGUGCGCUUCCUACUGGAACCAGCUGCACAGGCCGGGGAUGCGGGGUGCUCGGAGGGGGGCCCCGCCAGGCUCAGCCCCAAUGGCCGGCCGGCCACCGCCCCUGCGCAGCCAGGGGAGCUGGAGCAACUGGAGCACCGCAUCGAGGCUGCGCGGGAGCGCCUCCGCCAGGCCCUGCUAAGGCGCGGGGAGCUGUGGUCACAACUCGGCUGCAGUGGGGGCGGGGGACUGCUGCAGGGGUGUGCGGGGGACGCACUAUGACCC